AUGCUCCACACAGUUCCAAACGUUCUGCCUGUUUGGAUGAUGAUGAUGAUGAUGAUAACCCUAUACCCCUUGUUUCCUUCCUGUCUAUCUCCAGGUCUUCCAGAACAGUAUUACAGCCUGACGUGGUUCCUGAGCCCCAUCCUGGGUCUGAUCUUCACACCUCUGAUUGGCUCAGCCAGCGACCGCUGCACCCUGAAAUGGGGCCGGCGACGACCUUUCAUCCUGGCCCUGUGUGUGGGCGUGUUGUUUGGAGUGGCACUCUUCCUCAACGGGUCACUCAUCGGUGAGACUGGGGGUUAGGCAGGGGGGUGAGAUGUGGAGGGUAGUGGGGCAGGAGAAAGGAGAGGCGAGGCCUGUAGAAAGAGCUGCUGUGUACUCCACCAGGAAUUCAAUAACCAACAUUGUUACUACAUUGUUACAUUGUCACUAUAGGUUAAGGUUAAAAGUUGAACCAAUUGAUCGUUAAAAUAAAUUAUUGAUCAAAUCUGUUCAGUUGCCAGUUUAGAGAAGUUAGGUUAUUAGAUGCAACCAUCCACAGCUGCAUUCACCAUUUUUACCCACUGGCAGUAAUGGUGUUGAAAUGGUUAUUUAUUUGAGAUGAAAGGCCUCACGUUACAGGAACACUGGCAGACACCUGCCAUCCCCUGCUGGAGCAGAGAGCGCAGACACCACCUGACACUAUGCUAGACAGGCACAUCCUCUAUUUGGGACAGGAAUUCACACUAACCCUAUAGACUUGUAGUCUGACAACCUCCGGGAGUUGAAAGACAGGACAGGCACACACCCACCCACACAUACUUUGUAUUUGUAUUUAUUAUGGGUCCCCAUAAGCUGCUGCCAAGGCAGCAGCUACUCUUCCUGGGGUCCAGCAAAAUUAAGGCAGUUAUACAAUUUUAAAAACAUUACAAUACAUUCACAGAUUUCACAACACACUGUGUGCCCUCAGGCCCCUACUCCACCACUACCACAUAUCUACAAUACAAAAUCCAUGUGUACGUGUGUGUAUUGUAUCUGAGAUACAAUACCUUCUAAAGCCAUCUCUAAUUAACCGUCAAGUCCUAUCUGACGGUUUAACCCCUUAUUGCCAGUGUGUGUGUGACAGGAAAGUGAUUGAGUUCAUAGAAUAGGCUAAUGACAUCCUCUUGUUAUCCAUGAUAGCAGCCGGUCAGUCAGCCAGUCAGUCAGCCAGUCAGUUAGUAAGUCAGUCUUUUAGCCUCACCUAAUAAGUAUUCUUCUUGAGUGUGAGUUGUGAUAUGAAGCAUAUUGAAUUGAAAAGUAUCUCUGGCUGUGUCUCACUAAUGUGGUUCUCCUGAGUUUAGAAAGGAGAGCAAGGGCCUCCUGAGUGGCGCAGUGGUCUAAGGCACUGCAUCGCAGUGCUAGCUGUGCCACUAGAGAUCCUGGUUCGAGUCCAUGCUCUGCCGCGACCGGGAGACCCAUGGGGCAGCGCACAAUUGGCCCAGCGUCGUCCAGUGUAGGGGAGGGUUUGGCCGGCAGGGAUGUUCUUGUCCCAUCACGCACUAGCGACUCCUGUAACAUGCCGGGCGCAGUGCACGCUGACUCGGUCGCCAAGUGUACAGUGUUUCCUCCAACACAUUGGUGCGGCUGGCUUCCGGGUUAAGCGGGCACUGUGUCAAGAAGCAGUGCGGCUCGGUUGGGUUGUGUUUCGGAGGACGCACGACUCUCGACCUUCGCCUCUCCCGUGUCCGUACGGGAGUUGCAGCGAUGGAACAAGACUGUAACUACCAAUUGGAUACCACGAAAUUGGGGAGAAAAAGGGGGUAAAAUACCCCCCCAAAAAAGAGCCUGGUUCUAUAACUUCAACUCUGUUCUAAUGCAACACACACAUCAAGUUCCACUUCCAUCAGGAGUUUCACAUCCUACAUUAGCCUACUGGCUACUCAUUAUCAUUACCAGUGGAAGUGACCCUAAAUGCUGCUAUCUGUGCAGGCAGAAGAGGGAGAGAGAGAAGGGAUCCAUUUUGUUCCGUGCUUGAAAGGCACAGCAGAGGGGAAGAUCAAUAGAUAUCCCAUAUAAUUGAUGUGCUGCUGGCUUCAGGACAGUCAACCAAUUAGGACUGAAGAGUCUGGUAGUAGUGGAAGGGAUAGGGCACUUUGCUUUACUUUCUCUGCUUUUUGGAGAUGUGACUGCAUGGCCUGAGGUCACUGAACACCUGAAAAGCUUGAAAGGUCUUUGGAUUGGAUUGGAUUUAGUUGGACUGUGUUAUUUUGAAGUGUGUGUGUGUGUGUGUGUGCACGUUUCUGUGAAUGUGUGUGUAUGUCCGAGCAGUGCCCUCACCGUAGCCCUCCCAGAGCGGCUAUUUGUGCGUUGUCACCCCCAGCUCAGGUCCCAGUGCUGUGGGUCACAGUAACUUGCUGAAAAAGAGAAGCAGCAAGGCUACAGACUCCAGUGUACGCUGACCUGCUGGGCCGAACGGUGUGUGUGAACCCUGUCAGUCUCUGUGACAUGGGAAAGGACUAGGAACCAGUUCACAGGGAAACGUUUCCUGUUGUGCCCCCUUACUUACCUUUCAUUGCCUAUCUGGAGCUGCUUCCUGUCUCCAGCGCUAGCACACUGCUCGUCGGCCACUCCAUUGUCAGGAAGAAAGGCUUUGCUUACUACGUACACACUGACUGACUACACACAGGCUCAGACAGUACAGACUUCAGUAAUACAAAUUUACACUUCUCUUCCUCUGUGGUUGUUGUUAAUUAGCAAAAUAAAUUCUAAAGAGCUUUGUCCCUUUAUGAGAACAUUUGAAUAAUGACUUGUUUGUUGUUGUGUCCUGGGAAUGGGGAGUUCCUCUGGGCUCAAUGUUAUGAUGGAAGUAGUAAAUGGAAGUUUACAACUAAGAGUUUAGAUUCCCAGUGAAAUAAUUCACAGUAGGCCAGACUUGCAAUGUCACUAAUGACACUUACCGUACAGGGAUGAUGUUGUGUUUUACUGGCUAGUGUUUAUUUUUAGAGGAUAUUUUGAUAAAUGAUAUUUACGUGUGAUGCUUGUACUGAUAACUCUGCGUUGGAGUGAACUAGGACAGGAGUCUCUUUUAAAUAGUAUACACUGAUGAGGUAUCAUAUCGUCGCUGUCAGAUGAAAACCUCUUAUCUAAAAAAAAAAACAGGAACUUUUCAGGAAAUGGAGAAAAAAAAACAAAAAAAAACAUUUACCAUUAACGAACAUACAAUUUGGAAACUUAAGAAGCUGUUUUGAAUACAUUUUCUUGGUCCUUGUUAAGAAAUGUUCAGAGUACGUUGAAGGGGUUACUGCUUUCAAUACAUGUAAAAAUAUGAAAAUUGGCAAAAAUUGAGUUUGGUUUUCAUCACACAGUGACAAUCUAGAUAUUCCCUGUAGCCCUGAGGGUGAUCAUCCAAUCAAGUUCUUCCUGUCCUCUGAGGUGGAAUAUACCAUAUAUACGUCAGCAUGUGCCAUGAACCAAUGUUUGUUGGGGUGACUGAACUUCAGACACUAGACCUCUGGGUAAGACAAGGUCACAGGUUGGACCAGACACAAGGGCACAGAUAGUAGUCACGCAGCACCUUGGCAAAUGGCUAUGAAUGACCUAGGGUAUAUGGUUGUGUGUGUGUGUGUGUGUGUUAGAAGGCAGUUACGUGCCAUAAUUGUAACCCACUAAUCGGGUAUUGAUUCACGUGCAAUAUCUCGAUCCUGCUGUGUUCUCAUAGUUGCAGAGCAGCAAAGUAACUAGGAUGGAUAUAGCUUAUCAAUAUGUAUACUGGAUUGGAAUGAUAUGGUCUCUGUUGCGAACUUUCUGUCUGUGAAUUAUGCCUAUGGUUUUCUGAAGGUGUUGUACCAGCUAGGAUACCAUCUCUGACUCUGUUUGUGUUCCAGGUCUUGCUGUCGGCGACGUGCCAAAUAACCAGCCCAUAGGGAUCGUUCUGACGGUGCUCGGUGUAGUGGUGCUGGACUUCAGUGCAGACGCAACCGAGGGUCCCAUAAGGGCUUACCUACUAGACGUGGCAGACACCGAAGAACAAGACAUGGCCCUCAACAUCCACGCCUUCUCCUCUGGUACGAUACACGUCUUAGUAGCACUCACCUUGUAUUUCAGGAUGUUUCCAUGCCAAUACCUUUGUCUGUAAUGUCUGUGAAAGUUUUUUAAGUAAUGUAAUAUUUUCAUACAGGAAAUUCAGCUGAAACGGAGAUCCAUGCUGGCUUGCUAUGUUAUGUUAUUAGAGAUGCUAAUUGUGUAUUUUGUGUGUGUGUGCAUGGGCCAGGUUGUGGGGGAGCGGUGGGCUACGCGCUAGGCGGUCUGGACUGGACCCACACAUUCCUGGGCUCUAUCUUCAAGUCCCAGGAGCAGAUUCUCUUCUUCUUCGCCGCCAUCUUGUUCACUAUCUCUGUGGUGCUGCAUCUGUUCAGCAUCGAAGAGCAGCGGUACAGCCCCCAGCAGGACCGGCUGGACGAGGAGGCCGACGCUGGCUCCUCCACGGCCCACAAGGCCAACUGCUCCCUGGGGAAGUUCCAUGGCCACAACACCCCCCACAUGGAGCUCAUAGGAGAGGACGACAUCUACGACCCUUGCGAUCGUUACGACCGUUACGAGUUCUACGGGGACGGCGAGGGGGACGAGGACGGGCGCUCAUUGAGCGACAUGGACUUCCUGGAUGUGGAGAUGGUGAGGUCCAAGUCGGACUCGGUUCUGCAAAUGGCCGACGCCACACUGGAUCACCUGGACCACGAUGCUCUGUCCCUGCUUCACAUCGAGCCCUCCAUCUUCGCCGACCGCCUGUCGUCCUACCACGGCUCUCCACCACGCCGCAGCAGCAGCACAGGCAGCCAGGACCUCCUCAAAACCUCAAAAAAGAUCUGCCGGCUGUCCCAGUUCCUGCAGGAGCAGGACCGCGACGGGGAGGUGGCGCUUCUCAACAACCAGCUCAACGAGCAGAAGACGCCCAACGGCCGGGCGCACGCCAACAGCUUGGGCCAGGGCGCCAACGGGCACGGCUGCAUGGUCAUGAAGAACUCGGCCAGCACCAACGCCUCCAUGCCGCGCCGCCGACACAUCUUCUACCGCCAGCCAUCCUGCACCUUCUCCUAUUACGGCCGCGUGGGCUCCCACCGCUACCGCUACCGGCGGGCCAACGCCGCGCUGCUCAUCAAGCCGUCGCGCAGCUUGAACGACAUCUACGAGGUGCAGCGGAGACAGAAGAGGAAACAGCAGAACCCCAGAGCGCGCCACCAGUCAGGCAACACCAACUCCAGCGGGGACACGGAGAGCGAGGAGGGGGAGACGGAGACCACGGUCAGGCUGCUCUGGCUUUCCAUGCUGAAGAUGCCUCCAGAGCUGAUGAGGCUCUGUGUCUGUCAUCUCCUCACCUGGUUCUCCAUCAUCGCUGAGGCCGUCUUCUACACUGACUUCAUGGGCCAGGUCAUCUACCACGGCGACCCCACGGUAAGGCUACUGGGACGCCAAGGACCAAUAUGCCACGUUAUUAAAUAGCCUAUUGUAUUUAUAAAGGCAAAGUCUUUUUUUCAUGUCUUCUGCAAAUAAAAAAACUAUUAAUCACACAAACUCAAUCUCCGAUUGCCAGAUCACUCGCCACCAGAUUUUUGUUGCCGACCGGUUACCCUCUGGUUGCUGGCCCGCCUCUCUAACCUCUGGGAUACUGGCCUCCCAUUCUCUAUCCCUAACUAAACUGAGCUGUUGUUUUCCCUCCUCUCUCCAGGCUCCUGCUAACUCCACGGAACUGCAGAACUACCACAAAGGAGUUCAGAUGGGCUGCUGGGGGCUGGUCAUCUAUGCCUUGACCGCUGCCUCCUGCUCAGGUGAGUGACCAGUCAUUGAGUAGAAUAAAUAAAUGAUUGGAUGGAUGAAUGGAAGGAUGGAUGGAUGAAUGGAAGAAUGGACGGUUGAACUAACUAAUAAAUCAAUUUAGUGUGAUAUGUUACAUUUCGUAUGGUAAGCAUAACGAAAUUGCAAAACGUACAAUAUGUUACGAAUUAGCUAAACGUACAAUAUGUUACAAAUUCGAGCUAGGUGGCUAACGUUAGCUAGGGUUUAGGGUUAAGGUUAGGGUUAAGUUUAGGAGUUAGGUUGUUGGGUUAAGGUUAGGGUUAGGGGAAGGGUUAGCUAAAAGGGUUAGGGGAAGGUUUAGCUAACACGCUAAGUAGUUGCAAAGUAGCUAAAAAGUAGUAAGUAGUUCAAAAGUAGCUAAUUAGCUAAAAUGCUAAUGUUGUCCGUGAAUAGAUUCGAACUCGCAACCUUUGGGUUGCUAGACGUUCGAGUUAUACGCCCACCCACCCUACUUUGGUUUUUUCCUUAAGUAACCAUCUGUCUUAUGUAACCAUACCAAACGUAACCUAUCAUACUAAGUUGAGUGUCCUGGAUUUACAUUUACUAUGUUGUGUCUAGUCUAUCAGACCAGGCUGAGCGCCCAGGGCCCAGGGUCCGUGUGCUCUGAGGCAGCCAUAAAGUCCUUUCUAAACAAUGUACGCAGUCUGCAGCCAAUGUGCUAUCUGUCGCUCUGUUCCCAUGCUGGAGGGUUAGACCAUGACAAGCCAGUAAACUGAGAUGAUUUGUGCAAGUGAUAGUCACUCAAUCAGUCCAAAGAAAUUGUAGUGCUUUUUAUGAUUGGACUAUUCACAAAGAGCUGUACAGCAACCAGCACCUAAACACCCAGGGUAAGUCACAAGAGGAAAUCUGUACUAAUUGCUGGUCACUAAAUCAUGGUGAAUGUCGUCUAGUUGACCCACGGUGUGGAUAAGACUUACAGGGGUCACCUCUCUUGUAACUAAACCAACUCUUUAUACGAGGCCAUAUGAAAUCUAGGUGUCUUCGUAGGUUCAGGCUUCGGCCACUGUGCUUCUGCAUCUGCAUUGCUUGCUCUUUGGGGGUUUAGGCUGAGUAUCUGUAAAGCACUUUGUGACAACUGCUGAUGUAAAAAGGGCUUUAUAAAAUACAUUUGAUUUGGCCUCCCCUUGUUUAUAUAAACUACACUUACAAUCGCUUAUAAACAAUGAUAUUGUAUUGUUUCAGCCUUACUGCAGAAGUACCUGGACAACUUUGACCUGAGCAUCAAGGUUAUCUACGUCCUGGGUACGCUGGGCUUCUCCAUCGGUACGGCCGUCAUGGCAAUCUUCCCCAAUGUCUACGUCUCCAUGGUGAUGAUCAGCAGCAUGGGCAUUAUCUCCAUGAGCAUCUCCUACUGCCCCUACGCCCUCCUGGGACAAUACCAUGAGAUGAAAGAAGUAAUGAUCUAUACUAGUUAG